UACAUUACUGCUAGCCGCGUUUUCUUGCUUUCUACAUACGGGCGGGGAUAAAGCGCGUUUUAGUAAGCAAUUACGAGCUUGAAAAGAUUGCCCAAACGCCCGAAGCGCACAGGGGCGUGAAGUAGUGAAGCAUUAGAAAUUCGUUCGAUGCGUACGAGAAAGGGCAAAUAUCGCAAAUGUCAAAGUGAGGCGAAAAAACGUAUCGAACAAUUUGUUUGCUUUUACCGUCUCCAUCUAUCGGGCCGCUGGAUUCUCAAGUGAAUGCGUGCUAACGAGAGACGCAGAUUAGAUUAGAGAUUCGUUCGGUGAAGUAAUACCCUACUGUGCGCCCAGUGUGUACUGCGUGUGCCUGUCCUGCAAACGGGCCUGUGUAGAACGGGCGGUGCAGAGAAAUUCUCUUUGUUUCUGUGCCUACCCUGCACGCACGGUAACCACAGUCGACGGGUGGGUGGUGGUAACAGACGGGUCGUGCGGUGUGGUGUUCAGUGUGCAAGCCUGCAAUCGCAGUAAAUUGGCAACAGUCGCACCAACAACAAAACAGCGACCCAAGUGUAGUUUCCAUCGUGUAGUGGCAAGCAGGCAGGCAGGGUCCGGAAGUUGCAAUGGAUGGUGAAUCGGAAAAACAACCGCUCCUGAAGCAAUCACAGCAACAGCAACAAUCCCAAGAUUCAGGAUCAGUGCAACCGGUCGUGAAUGCAUCUCCCAUCGGUCCGGACGAGGUGCCACCCUCGUAUCAGCAGGAGCAACAGAAUAGUAUUAUAGUGACGUGCCGCGUAUGCCAGGCACUGAUCGACAUCUCCUGGAAAAAGGAACAACAUGUCGUCAAGUGUUUGCAGUGUAACGAAGCGACACCCAUUCGGAAUGCACCGGCUGGCAAGAAGUACGUACGAUGCCCGUGCAAUUGCUUGCUGAUUUGCAAGAGCUCUUCCCAGCGGGUUGCCUGUCCGCGGCCCAACUGCAAACGUAUUAUCAAUUUGGCUCCGAGUCCGGUAACGCCACCGUUGCUACCGAUGCCCGGCAUGUGUCGCGUUACCUGUGGUCACUGUCACGAUACGUUCUUGUUUGAUACGUUGAAGAACAAUCUGGCGAGAUGUCCACAUUGUCGCAAAGUGUCUUCGGUCGGGCCGGACUUCUGCCGUAAGCGACGCAAUCUACACUUCCUUGGUGGAAUUAUAUUUUUGGCUAUCGGUAUCGGCGUUACAUUUGCCACCUACACCUACGUGAGGGAUUAUAGUGGAAUUUUUGUGGCAUACAUUAGCCUUUAUCUCAUCUCUUUGCUGCUGUUUGCAAAGACGGUUUACUACUGUUCGUUGAAGAUUAGCAACAUUGAUGGGCCGUUCACAAAUGUGGCAUCUUAAGAGAUGCUGCAACCACAGACACAUUCCUGAAUGAAAAGAAACAGCCCGUACACAUGCCUUCUGUAUUCCGGUGGUGUGUGUGCAUGAUGAAUGCACCGGGAUGUAUGCAUGGUGAUAAACGGUAGAUAACAUACAAACCAAUGCCGAAGCAAAUGUGAGGCGUGUGUGGUAUUGGGAGGAAAAGUAGAUACAGAAAGGGUUUGUUUAGUACACUUUGCGAACGACCAAAAGGCAAGGUAAAAGUCAACAAACAAUUUGAGAGUUUCAGAAGAGAAGUGAUCGGAAGGAGAAGCAACAAUUGCGCUGCAAAGGAAUGUUUAAUCAAAAUUUAUGUAGAAGAGUUUUGGGCAGAUAGAUUCGACACCUCCAAACCUAGGCGAAAUCGUACAGUUGCUGUAAAACGUUAGACAUUACUAUAUAUUAGGUUGAUAGGA